GAAAUCGGCUUUCAUUUAUCUGGAAAAUGCGAGGCGGGUCCAAGGGUUGAUCUGAUGCUGACUUGAAUCAGCAAAAGCACGGAGUUUAGGGUAUAUCCCCAAAACGUAAGAUCAACCCAUCGUUUGAGGAAGAGUAAAAGAUUAGGAGUGCUCCUUUAGCACAUUUCGGAACUAAUCUCCAGAGAUAGGGAAAGUACGGAUGGACAGAAUACAGUACAAACUUCCCCAGCAGGAACAAGUCGCCUGAAGUUAACACAGCCGGGUAUUUCCCAGCGACAGUUGCUCCCAGUUUCGUCUCCUGGAAUAGUUCAAGAUUGGAUCUUUCAAUCCUGAUAUUUUGUGGAAAAUUAAGUAAAGGGCCGAAGAGUUUAUCGAAAGCCCGAUGAACAAUAUUGCUGGCGGAUAUUUUCUGUUCACCCGGAAUACUUUUCUUUGGAGAGGGAUGAGUCAUAUCGAAACUAAAAGUUACAAAGAAAAUAAGGAAGAGAAAACGGAGGGAGAACCGGCUGCUUGCAGAGUUCAUUUUGAACGGAGCAGUGAACAGAAAAAUGGUGAACAGAAAUAUGACCGUUGCUCCCUGUUUGCUGUAACACUGGACACCAGGAGCCGGGCUCUUUCCCAGACUGGGCAGUGGACCGAGCUCUGAGCUGCACUCGCUCCCCGCAGAUCCCCGGGUUCAGCUGAGCUGCUUUUGGACCGAGAUCCCUGGACCGAGAACUCAGCAGUUCUCCAGGUUAACUGGAACUCAAUCUGGGGAAAUGGUUUCAUACUCUACAAUAAGACUCCUUCCUGUCAUCUUAUGCAACAUACCAUCUGUAUUUGAUUUUGUGAUAUUAAAUUGUCAGUCUUCAGUGACAGGAAUAUUUAAUGAAGAUACCAAACUACCAUGCACAUUGAAUUCAGAUUCAAGUAUCAAUUCAGCACACAUUGAACUUUGGAAAAAGGAAAAUGAUGGAAAAGAAAAAAUUGUGUUUAACUUCACAAAAAAUGUCAGUGAAGUUCAGGGUCGGAUUAAAUUACUUCACCCAGGAUCUCAAGACAUCUCACUGGUGAUCCAGAACACACAGGUGUCAGAUAAUGGGACAUAUCAAUAUUUUUUGGAGACAGCUAUUGGUCACAGAUUGCAUGAGAUUAAAUUGAAUGUCAAAGCUCCAUAUAGUUUGCCAAAAAUGGCCUUACUCCAAAAUAUCACAAGAAGAAUAAGAAGUGCCGACCUUAUUUGUGAAACAACUGGAUAUCCACUCGCUCAGAUUCACUGGUUUGUUUAUGAGAAAAGGAAUCUCACAGCCAGAGCUAAAACUCAUAGUGUUCUGACUCCAGAAGGGCUGUUCAGUGUCACCAGUACACUUCACAUCGAAGCCAUGGAAAAUGCCUUAGAAGGCAAUUAUACGUGUGCUGUGUUCAAUUUCAAAAAAAAUGAUAUUGAGGUGCGGAACCAAUUUCCAAUUCCAAUUAUAGACACACCUACUACAAAUCGGCAAAGUGAAAGGAAAAAAUCUAAAAUUCUCACAGCUGUCUUUGUCAUUGUUGGAGCACUGGCAACUGGAAUAAUAAUUUUGGCAAUUCAUCGAUUCAGGAAGACCAUCUAUUCAGCAGUGAGAAGAGAAUCUGAAAUGCCAAUGAUACUACAUGAAUAAGGAAUUGCUGCUUAGCAUUUGGCUGAGUUUUCUGCUAACACCAGUAAUCGUUGGACCUUUAAAACAGCAAAGUGCUAGAAACUAGAGAAUUUGACCCUCAAUUCUGGCUGGUGUCCUCUGAAGACGUUUCACUAUUUUACAACUGUGACAGUUUAUGGAUCAGUGCGUGACAUCACAGUGUUGUGUCCGAGAAGAAGGAAAUUCUUGGUCCUGUGUACUUUGAGAAAUCACAUCCUACUGAUUAAUGAUUACAGAAUUAUUGUGAAAGGUUUGUGCCCUGGACUCUACUUUUCACUUUAUAAAAAGGGAAAGAUGUGAAUGUUGGAAACCUGAAACAAAGGAAAGAUUUCCCUUCUUUACAAAGUUGGAAAUGGAUGAUUAUGUUAACACAUGACUUGCUGUUAGUGACAUAAACACAUUUAGAGGGAUAUGGGCCAAAUACUGGCAAAUGGGACUAGAUUUAUCUUGGAUGGGUCAGCAUGGACGAUUUGGUCUGAGGAGCCUUUUUGUGUGCUGUACAUCUCUUUGACUCUAAAUCAGAUUGACAUGUUGAUUUGAUAUUCUGUUCUAAUUGUUUUUGGAUCUCGCAACAAGGGAGGUAAAUGUAACUAUGCUUGUUAAGUCAGAUAUAUGCAAAAUUCUUGUCAUUUUAGUGUGUGUACUAAAUGUAAAUAAACUCAAUAUUUUGUAAAUAAA